AUGGGAGCAACUCAGAGUAACGAAUCAGCAGCGGCCGCUCUGGGCACCAGCCAGGCUGGGCAUAAACAGUACAAGUCAGCUGUUACCCCACCUCUGAAGCAUCCUCACAAUGAAUCGGGCGAAGCACAAUGCCCCCUCCCAACAGACUUCCCGGGGAAGAUAAAGUUGAGUGGGCUGGCCGCAGUGGACACCACUACCUGCAGCACAACGACCUGCAACAGCAGCCUCAGUGGAGUCAGCACCAGCCCAGAGACGCGCUCAACCGGGCUUGGUGGGAGCGCAAAUGCUGCCGCCCUGACGCACUUUAGCGGCACUCCUUUUGAGCGCAGUGACAGCGCCCAGGCGCCACAAAAGGUAAACCUACCGCCAGCUGUAGGGCGUCUCCAAGGGGCGGUGAAGCAUCCCUUUCGUUUCAUUGUGGAGCUGAAGGUGAUGCAGCCCACGAAAUGCACGUAUCGCCCAAAGGGACUAUGA